AUGGAAAUCGACAUGGGCUGGUCAAAUUACAAUCAAGCUCUCGCAACAAUUCCCAAAGAAGACUACGACGACGUCUUCUCCAUCCCUUCCCAACUUCCUCCUCUCGAUUUAAGUGGAAUCCUUGGGUUUCAUGGAUGCGAGUUUGGAAUGGAAGAAACAAUUCCUCAUUUAUCAUCGGAUAUGUGUCUUUUUCAUGACACUUUCUACCCCUCUUUUGAUCUUCAUCAAAGCAAAACCCUAGUUCCAGAGUGUGCGUUUGUUGAUGAGAUGGGAGGAGGAUUGCAAGUUCAGCUACAACCACAGCAGCAGCAGUUGCUUUUGCUGGAUUAUAAUGGCUCUACUAUCAACGAUGGCAAGUUGGUAGUGAAUGAGGAGAAGAGGGUUAGUAAUAGAUCGUUUGAAGAAUUGGAGGAUGGUAGCAAGAACUCGAAGAAAUUGACAAGACAGAUGAUUUCUCAAUACUUCUACAUGCCGAUUACACAGGCGGCAAGGGAACUCAAUGUAGGGCUAACUCUCUUGAAGAAAAGGUGUAGAGAGUUAGGGAUCAGGAGAUGGCCUCACAGGAAGCUCAUGAGCCUCCAAACCCUGAUUAAGAAUGUUCAGGAAUUUGGAAAGGAGGAAGGGGAAGGGAAGUUGCAGGAAUCGUUGGAGAUUCUGGAACAGCAGAGGAAGCUGAUGGAAGAGAUUCCGGACCUGCAACUGGAGGAGAAAACAAAGAGGCUUCGGCAAGCCUUUUUCAAGGCAAACUACAAGAAGAGGAAGCUGAUGGGAAGAAUCGAGUCGUCGUCGUCGAAAUCAGCAGAGCCUGCUUCGUUGCCUCAUCAGAAUGCUCUAGCUUUGUGUAGUUCUGCUGACGUUAUUGACUAUGACGAAGAAGAUGAGGAGUUCAAGUAUUUUUUUGCAGAUUGCUUCUAUUCUUCCUAG